UCACGGGGCUGGUCGACUUGUGCCUGAAUGAAAAGACACAACAAGCGACGCUUGCGCCUGGGAAACAGAUUUAGGACGUCUACUACUGACUACUACCUUCUGCUUUAUCCGCUUCUUUGUUAAACCUGCGAGUCACUGCGCAGUGCUUGCCUGGACGUUACUCAGAAGUAUGGACUCCCGAAAAGUGGCAGAGUUAAAGGGCUUCGUGCAACUAUGCGAGUCCAAUCCCGCCAUCCUGCAACUUCCCGAGAUGGCUUUCUUCCGGACUUGGUUGCAGAGCAUGGGUGCAAAAAUACCCCAAACUUCCCCCAAGAGUCAUUGCCAGGGCGAGUGUCCCUGUGGUCCUCCACCUAAAUCUAAAGCUUCCCCAACUGAGCCGGCGCCUCCUGUUUCGUCCGAGAGCGAGGAGAGUGAACUAGAGGAAGACCGGGAGGGCGUCAUUGAACCAGACACGGACGCACCACAGGAAAUGGGAGAUCCUGAUGUUGAGGUGACAGAAGAGAUGAUGGACAUGGCCAAUGACAAAAAGAUGGAAGCCAUUGAUGCUCUUGGAGGAGGUGAUCUGCAGAAAGCACUGGCUCUCUUCACAGAGGCAAUCAAGCUAAAUCCCUGCGUGGCCAUUAUGUACGCAAAGAGGGCAAGCGUUUAUGUACAGAUGCAGAAACCCAAUGCAGCCAUCCGAGACUGUGACAGAGCCAUCCAGAUCAACCCGGACUCGGCGCAGCCUUACAAAUGGAGGGGGAAGGCCCACCGGCUGCUGGGUCACUGGGAGGAGGCAGCCCGGGAUCUGGCCACAGCGUGUAAACUGGAUUAUGAUGAAGAUGCCAAUGCACUGCAGAAGGAAGUCCAACCUAAGGCAAACAGAAUCAUCGAGCACCGGCGCAAAUGUGAACGCAAGAGGGAAGAGAAGGAGAUCAGGGAGAAGCAGGAGCGCAUCAAGAAAGCAAGGGAAGAGCAUGCUCGGGCUCAGAAGGAAGAGGAAGCCAGAGGAGGGGCAGGAGGAGGAGCAGGAUUCUUCCCAGGUGGGGCAGGAUUCCCUGGCGGAUUCCCAGGCGGCGCCGCCGGCAUGCCAGGUCUGAAUGACCUCCUGCAAGAUCCAGAGUUGCUCACUGCCAUGCAGGAUCCAGAGGUGAUGACUGCCUUCCAGGAUGUUGCACAGAAUCCCGCUAACAUUGCAAAGUACCAGAACAACCCUAAGAUUAUGGCGCUAGUCACCAAGCUGAGUUCCAAGUUUGGAGGCGCCGCACCGCAGCCGUAGAGACGAGACGAGGAUUUGGUUCGCUGCAGGAAUCUUUUUGAGGGCUUUUCAGUAAUCCACGGCGUGCAUAUCAAACGUUUUCGGGCCGUCACUUAAUCUGAGUGUUAGUAGUUACAGGAGCUUGGGGUUGAGUUCAAAUCAGAGCAAUUUUGUCCAUACUAAAAGCAAACAGAGGGAUGUCGGGGGGUAUUUACGGCCCUACUGUGACUUGAAUUUUUCCAACUAACCACGGUUGUUUCCUGAAUUUGCAUUCGCAGAGCUCCUGCACUUGUUUUUUUUUUUUUUUUUUUUUUUUUUUUUUUUUUUUAACCGUCCUAAAGGCAAAAGUGGGUUUGUUGAAAUUGCGGAGAACAUUUUUUUUUUUGUCAUCCAAAAAACGAGAUUUGGUCUCUGGCCCGUUUGGGAGAAAUGGUUAAUAAAGCUGGUUUCUAUAAGG